UUUUUAGAGACAAAAAAAAAUAUCUUCUCCUCAAGCCACCAGUGUAGAAAACCUUGGUAGCUAAAGGGGGGGGGGGCGGUUAGGAGAGACAGCCCUCUCCUUCCCCCCCCCUUUUAAAAAUAUAGAUAUAUACAAUGCAGUCAAUAAAUACAAAACCAACCCUACUGUUGAACUCCUGAAAGUUCGCUUUCACUUUUCCUAAAUAUGGUGAUCUGGAAAGGUUUUGAUUUCGGCUGCCAACUUUCACCCUAGUUCCUUAGGUCUAUGCGGGUUGAGGGGGGGGGGAAGAAGAAAUCAGAAACCACCCCCCACCCCCAGAUUAUUAGGAUUAUGGUGGUUCUUUUGCAAACAAAACUUCCCUUCGGCAUUCCUGCUGUGGCUGGCAAGUUUUUCCUUUCCAUGAUGGCUUGAGGAAAGGAGGUUCUUGAUCCCUGGAGUUUGCAGCUCUCUUACCUCCGAGGAAGCCUCCUCUGGAAUGCAGAAAGCACGCCCUGAACUGCCACAGAAUGAAGCCUGCUUUGUUUAGCGUCCUCUGUGAAAUCAAAGAGAAAACAGGUCUCAGCAUCCGAGGGGCUCAAGAGGAAGACCCGCCCGACCCACAGCUAAUGCGAUUGGACAAUAUGCUCCUGGCAGAAGGGGUUUCGGGUCCGGAGAAAGGCGGUGGAUCGGCGGCUGCGGCCGCAGCCGCAGCAGCUUCCGGUGGAUCUUCAGACAACUCUAUCGAACACUCAGACUAUCGGGCCAAAUUAACUCAGAUCAGACAGAUCUAUCACACGGAACUGGAGAAAUACGAACAGGCCUGUAAUGAAUUCACCACGCAUGUGAUGAACCUUCUCCGGGAGCAGAGCCGAACACGCCCCAUUUCUCCAAAAGAGAUUGAGCGGAUGGUGGGCAUCAUCCACCGGAAAUUCAGCUCCAUCCAGAUGCAGCUCAAGCAAAGCACUUGUGAAGCGGUGAUGAUCUUGAGGUCGCGAUUCCUCGACGCCAGGAGGAAAAGGCGCAACUUCAGCAAACAGGCCACAGAAAUAUUGAACGAGUAUUUUUAUUCACACCUCAGCAACCCCUACCCCAGCGAAGAAGCCAAAGAAGAACUGGCCAAGAAAUGCAGCAUCACCGUAUCACAGGUAUCCAAUUGGUUUGGGAACAAGAGAAUCAGGUACAAGAAGAACAUCGGGAAAUUUCAGGAAGAAGCCAAUCUUUACGCAGCAAAAACGGCAGUGACAGCCGCGCACGCGGUGGCGGCAGCUGUUCAAAACAACCAGACCAACUCGCCCACCACGCCAAAUUCUGGUUCUUCGGGUUCUUUUAACCUCCCUAAUUCUGGGGACAUGUUCAUGAACAUGCAAAGUCUGAAUGGGGAUUCUUACCAGGGGUCCCAAGUCGGAGCCAAUGUGCAAUCACAGGUGGAUACCCUGCGUCAUGUUAUCAAUCAGACGGGAGGAUACAGUGAUGGCUUGGGUGGAAAUUCGUUGUACAGUCCACAUAAUUUAAACUCAAACGGAGGCUGGCAAGAUGCAACUACUCCAUCUUCGGUGACCUCCCCCACAGAAGGCCCGGGAAGCGUGCACUCGGAUACCUCUAACUAACCUCCUCAACAACCUUUUUGUUGUUGUUGUUCACCUGAACCUGAGAAGUUUUCAUGUCAGGUGUUCAGAAUCCCAGAUGGAAAACAAAACCAGAAAGGAUUUCUGUGUGUCUCUCCCUCUGUCACUCGAUCCUUCCUUCCUUCCUUCCUUCCUUCCUU